CCUCCAUCGCAUCCUCCUUCUCCUCCCGCCCGCCGCGUAUCUCAACCGGCCCCGCAUCGCUCCUGCCAAGGCCGUCCUUUCCUCCUCUUGCCGCUGCGAUCGACGCCCCUCUUCACGGAUGGAGUCUCUUGGGAUCUGUGAACUCGCCCGCAUCCGUAUUCUGCUGGUGCCUGUCGGCCGCCUGAAGCGAGACACAUUCUUCCAAUAUGUCGAUCUGGUCUCAAAGUUUGCCGUCGUCUCGGUGUCCGACCUGUCGCCUCCGGCCCAUCCUCCGAACCACACCAACCGAUUCUUUGACAACAUCGACCCUCGUGCCCAGAUCUACUUCAACUUUGUGACUUCCUACGAGAAGGACCAUGCCGCACUGGAAGAUUUCCAACUUCAUCGCCAAAUCAUGGGGGUCAUCGGAAUCAUGCACUGCCAGGAAACUGUCGACAUCAAACAGAGCUACCAGGCCUUCCAGCGCAUGCUCGCUCGGUAUCCAACUCACCUUGUCAGCAGAUGCUUUGCCUUCGAACCGGCCGAGAAUCAGGACGACGACACUCGCGGCCUCAUCAUGAUUCCCAACGUCGGACAACUCUCGUUCUACUUGACAACCAUGAUCAAUGAUUUCUCCAGCGAGCUGCUUGUUUCCCUGGGCGGCCUGGCCGACCGUCUCGAGAAGCGCAGCCUCAUUCCUGGCCCAGCAUUCUCGCCGGCACAGGCUACAAUUCCACUUCCCCAACCCACCGGCGGCGGCGGCAGCAGCGGCGGCGGCGGCGGCAUUAGUGGUGGCAGCGGUGGCAGCACACUCUUGGCCCCGCAAACUCCAACGCUGCAGCCAGCAGGCUCGCCAGCGGUCUCUAUCAGCGAUUCGGAAACAGGUGGCUCUGGUUUCUCGAACCUGGGCGGUCUGUUUCAGUCCAUGGACCGGGGUCGGAAGAAGACCAAUGGCCGCGUUGCCAAGCUGAUGUCGGACUUGUUUCUGCUUGCAGGCCGGCAUGAGCUAGCGAUGCAAAGCUACACCUCCGCCAUCGACAUUGCCAAGAACACGGCUGACUACACAUGGCAGGCCGCAGCCAUCGAGGGAUACUUAUGUGCCACCCUGGUGAUGUUCAUGCGAAAGAUCGUCUCUGAGGAGGGCUCCAACCGAUCCUCUGCUGCCGGUAGCCCCCUGGCCACCCCGCACCUCGGCCCCAACGGCACCCUUCGCCCUCCCCUCACACUCAAGGCUGCUAUGACAACCGACUCAUUGUUCGAGACAGCAGCCAACCACCAACAUGUCCGCCAGUUGCUGGCAGAGAUCCCGGACCGCUACCGCGAGAUUGUCAAUCUGUACGAGAAGGCCUCUCAGCCAGGUGCCCCCGGGUACUACCCGCUGCUCCAGAUCUCCGCCUGUCUCAAGGUCGCGUAUUUCCUCACGGCCAUGUGCCGGAACCAGUUUCAAGGGACUGUUCCAAACGGCGCGGGUGUCUCCCUGACGUACGAAGGCAAGGGCGUGGCUGAAGCUGGAGGCAGCCGUGUGGGUCUGCAAAAUGCCAUGAUGAUGCCCGGGGCAGCGAAUCCCUCGGAUCGGAUCGUCCUCAACGGCGGUGUCGGUGCCUCUCGGGUCGAUGUUUCGACUUGGCUCAUGCGCGCCUGGGACCUUGGUCUUGAGUAUCUGACCGUCGCCGACCAGAUCCACUCGGUCGCUACGAUGGCAGCCGUCUACUCGCUCCUCGGCUACAAGCGCAAACAUGCAUUUUUCCUCCGCCAAACGGCGCUCCUAAUCUCGAGCACCUUCAAGUCUGACAGCCAGACGUCGCUCGCGGCUGCACGCAAGAUCGUGGAGCCCUACAGCUCGUCCAACAUCUUGCUCGUCGAUAAUCUGGAGGCGGCCGAGGCCAGCAGCUUCAACCUCAGCGCCAGCAGCAACAACCUUACGACAGGACGGCCCGACACUGCUGCUGCCGCUGCCAACGUUCCGGCACAGAGCAACAGCGCCAUCGAAUGCAUGAAGAAGGUCUGCCAUGUGUUUGGCGUCGGUGCAAAAACCAUCGAGUCGCUCCGGUCGCGACACGCCAAAGAGCCCGGCGCUUGUCCCGACGAGGAUGAGGACGACUGGUUUGACGAAUACGAUCAGGACGUCGACGUCGAGAGCACGUUGGGCAACACCGCCAUUGAGUUCAAGAAGAAAAUAUCAGUGCCCCGACUUCGGUUCGGAUGGCCGCACUUGCAGAUUGACGUGCUGAAGGAAUGCAUCAGCAUCUCGGAGACUGUCGAUGACUGCUCCAGCACCAUCCUCUACACCACGCGACUUCUCAGACGGCUGCACUCGUAUCUGAGCAUGGACGAGCAGAAGAAGCUCUCGGCUACGCUACAGUCGGUCGUGCUGAGGACGCGGGCACGCAGUAUUUCCAAGGGCACCAUGGUUCCAUCGGCAGUCGCGCCGUCGGUAGCUCCGGUCUUGGUCAAGGGUAUCAUGGGCAGCGUCACUGGGGUGCCAGUCCUGCGAAAGCUCUCGGCUGUGUUACAAACGCCACGACGGAUUCCCUACCCACAUAAACCCAAGAAAGACGCUCAACAGGACCGAGCCAACCCGUUCAUAUACAACCCUGGAGCCGAGAAGGAUAACGCAAAGAAGAAGAGCGCUGUUGUGGUUGUGCUCGUCGCCGGCGAAGCGGCAUACUUUGACGUCGUGCUGGCGAACCCGUUUUCUUUUGAAUUGGACAUUCAGAGUAUCACGCUCAAGACCUCGGGCGUGAACUUUGUGCCAAACUCGGUUGCGACGACCCUCCAGCCCAUGUCCAGGCUCCACACAAUUCGUCUCUCAGGCGUGCCCACGACCAACGGCAUGCUGCAUGUGCACGGAUGCACUGUCAGAAUGCUCGGCGGAUGCGUUGAGGAAGACAUCACGCCCGUGUCCAAGGUCCUCAACGAUCUCUCCAAGAGAAACAAGGACGGCACUCGCCGGAAGCAAGACGAUCGCGAGCGCCUGGGCUCCAAAGCCGGUGCGCUGAUUGUAACCAGACAGAAAUCAGUCGAAACGAUGAACAGCAGUAAAUGGCCCAUUCCAUUCAAAGUGAUUCCGGAGCAGCCCAUGUUGCAGGUGGACGAAGCUAGCCUGCGCGGACUUGAGGCUCUCCUGCUGUUUGAAGGCGAAAGGUCAACCUUUUCCAUCCAGGUGCAGAACAUCGGAUCGACCCCCAUCAACAACUUAGUCGUGUCGUUCUCGGAAACAUACGAGCCCCUUUCGAACGAACCUGCGGCCGAGUACGCCGAAGAUAUCUAUGAGCGCGAUGUUCACGACCGCAGCAUCUGCGUCUUCUGGAUUGCCGAUACGGAAGAAACGCUGCGGAAGAGUAUGGUUGUCCACCAAAAUAGAUCCAAGGUUCGCGACUCGCUUAGCAAGGCAAUCGACCUCUUCCUAAAUCCGGGCGAAUCAAAGACGAUUAGGAUCGGGAUGUACGGCAAAGCUGGAUGCACCGGUGGAAGCAUCAGCCUGCAGUACGGAUACAUCGCCGAACACGAGUCGUCAUUGACGCAUGACGCCGAGAACGAUGGCUACACGCGCCGUCUUGUCCUCCCUAUCCUUCUGACGGUCGAAAAGGCGCUGCAGCCCAUCAACGUUGACUUUAUUCCGUCGUCCAGCAUCGACUACUUCACGUCCAUCAGCCAGCCCCAGAGCAAGCCCGGGGAUCUGACGCGGCUAUCCUCGAUCGACGACAUGAUGGUGGUGCUCCGGUCUAUCGAAAAUACGCUUCCUUCGAGCAACAUCAGCACAAUGAACGACUACUUUUUGCUCACCAUGGAUGUCAGGAACUCCAUGAACAGGUCCUUUGACCUAACCUUUGAGAUCUUUGAUGAUGCCCAGUCCGACAUCAGCGUCGAUUCGUGCUCAGCCACCAUCCAUGCCGGAGUUACGAAGCGAAUCGUCAUCCCUAUUCGGCGCUUCACCUUGCCCGAGAGCGAUGUUGCACAAGCGAUUCCAGCACCCCAAUGGAAGCAAUUUGUCCUUGGCAAGAUCGUGAAGGUCUCCGACAGAGAAAAUGCAGAUCGAAAGGCCAUUUUCUGGUACAAGGAGGCCCUCGUCGGCGGGCUCGCCAAGCGGGGCAUUGUGGUUGCAAGAUGGACCUGCUCCAAGAACAGGAGCGGACUCUUUUCGCUCCGGUCCCUCAAAAUCACCCCGACCAUGUUUGAAGUGAUCAAGCAGCAACGACUCUCCUUCUCGAUCAAGAUAACGUCGCUCACCAGUGACGGCAGGGUACUUGAGAUGGCCCCGGGCAUGGACACGGCUCACUUUGAGGUGCAGCUCAACGAAGUGCUGGAAUUUGAGUGGUCGAUCCAGAACUGCAGCGAUACGGAUAUGGACAUGCUCUUCCGCUUCCAGCCGGUGCAGGACUCGCUUGGAGCUGGCACCGAGGACGACAUUUCGGGCAAGGUGCUCAUCCACGGCACGAACCAGCUCUCGCUGGGCAGUCUCAAGGCCAGGGAGCGUCAGCAUAUCCGGGUGCCGAUGAUCUUUAUCGCCACUGGCGGAUACAGAAUCAUCUACCACUGUGAGGAGCUGCAGGGCGAUAACAACCGAUUCUGGGGCCCGCUGAUCAACGUGAGGGUGCGGGAGUAGCCCAAGUGGCAGGCGAGUGUGUGACAUGAUUUGGCGCCCACGAUAUGCCGUGCGGCGCUCUGCGGUCUCAAAUACAGAGUGAUUUGGGGCGAAAGGUCGCUUGAUCACUGCUCAAACCG